GCCCCGCUACGGUCAAAAAAUUGGUGUUCCAAUCAUAGUGACAGGAUGCCUAUGUAUAGGUUUGAGGGUGACAUAACCAUACAUUGCGUUUAUUCUCCAGGGACUUGGCUAAUUAAUCGGGACAACUUGUACCUGACUGUGGAGGCUUUUGGGAUAAUUAAAAGAACAAAGUUGCAAACUGCUAUCUUCCCACUUCUUAUUCAAGAAACAUUCUCAUUUGAUAAAACGUUUUACACAGCACUAUCUGCCUGCAAUGUAGUAGAUAGACUUGAAGAUUUCACGGUAACAAUCGAGAUACGGCAAAUCGCUGAUGUUUAUCUUGGGGGGACACUUCUGGCCCACUAUUCAACGAACGCCAAAGAGUUUUUCUCUCCAUGUCCAAAAAUGUGCUUGAGAACUCUCCCAAAAAGAGAUUUAAUGAUGCUAAAAACAGUUGACUUUCCGGGAGUUUCUCCACGGCUGGAAUACUCUGUUAGUUCAGCUAUCAAAUGUCACCCAUCCUCCUGUUGUUGCUCAUGUUGCUACUAUCUGCCACAGUGCUACUGUUACGACCCAUGUCUUUACAAACCAUUGACACCAACUCCAGGCUAUCAUCGAGCAACAGUGAAUAGUGCUUUACGAUGUCGUUAUCCUGAACUUUCUGGAUCGAAGUGCCUUGUAGAAUCUGAUACUGCUAAUCAUAUCGCGAAAUCACAAAGCGCAUCAAGAACUUCCAGAAGCCCUAGAAGAAGGGAUAACAUAGAUGGAACCUGGUGCUCUUACCAUCGACCAAGAUCAUUAUCUGCACGCAGAUAUAAUGGUCAAGGAGGAGUUUCGCAUAGUGUUCAACAGCCCUUAAAAUUGAUUGUCAGCAUAUUUAUUUCAAGUACACAACUGUUCAAAUUGAUGAGGCUGUACUGGAAAAGAAGAGCAAUAAACUUUGCUGAUGAGUAUAGCUCUACUUUCUUCUUGUCAAAAUAUUUUUAGCCUUUUCAAUCAGCAUCUACCUGGGAUCUUCGUGAACGUACUAUUCGAGAUGCACAAGAUCGCAGUGAUCGGUAUUGGCAUCUGUACAGAUUUUGGCAAAAUGAAUACGAUAGACUACGCUUACAAAGGUGCUAGACAGGGGAUAGAAUAAUAUCACAAAAAGAUGCGGUGACUGCAUUGUUUUCUUGUCGCCCAGUCAUACUUCCAUAUCAGAUUUUCGACUUUAGAUCUAUUUACCCGUCUCAAUGAAGAAAUUAUUCAAAGGUAGAGAAACUGAGUACACAAAUUAUCAGAUAGAUUUAUAAUAUUAUUAUAUAAAUAUCUAUAUACUACUUAUAUGAACUGUUUGCUGUUUUUAGCCUAACUCCUUGUGUUAGGAAUUAUCGUUGUUUAUUAACUACUAACUAAUAUUCAAUUAUCCAACUACCCCGAAAAACCUACUCACUGUUUGGUUUAUCUUUUAACCGAUAACACGAUUUGACUCCUUAAACCUUAGCACAUUCUUCUGAUUGUGUCUACACACAAAUGUACUUCAACACCAAUUUUUUUCUAUGUGCUGAGAGAUUAGAGUUUUAAGCAAUUUUACAAGCUCGUUUUUACUGGUUUAUUACUACUACUUCUUUUUGUAUGCAAAAUAUCAGUACACCUUUGUCACACUGUGCCUUGAUGCAGAGAAUCUUGUUCAACUGUUAAAAAGAAAUAAAUACACAAACAGUGUGAAUAUACUACUGAAAUCCUCUUUCUUAAUUAAAACUUAUUACAGAAGUAUUAUGAAAAGAUUAAUGUCUUUAUUUUCCAAUAGAGAAUACUAUUGAAUAUAAAUAUUCAGAUUUUGAGUCAAUUUUUCCGACGAAAAAAUUACUUAUCUAUUUUUAAUUUCAUAAUAAUGCUAACCACUUUCUACUGUGAUAUUUCAGUAAUAUGUUGAUGAAGAAGAGUGCAUACUGGUUUACAUUCUACACAUGAAUAUAUUAAUUAGUAAUUGUUUAUCUAUAAUAAAGAAAAUAGUAUAAUGACAAA